GGGGCGCGCGCAGCAUGGCGGAAGCGGAAGGGAGUUCGCCGCUUCUGUUGCCGCCGCCGCCACCCCCGCCCGGGAUGGCGGAAGUGGAGGUGCCGACGGCGGCCGAGACGGACAAGAAGCCUUUCAGCGGCUCGGGCGGCAGCACCAUGGACGUGGACCGGAGCCGUUUUCCCUACUGCGUGGUGUGGACGCCCAUCCCGGUGCUCACGUGGUUUUUCCCCAUCAUCGGCCACAUGGGCAUCUGCACAUCCACGGGAGUCAUUCGGGACUUUGCCGGCCCCUACUUUGUCUCGGAAGACAACAUGGCCUUCGGGAAGCCUGCCAAGUACUGGAAGCUGGACCCUGCUCAGGUGUACGCUAGCGGGCCCAAUGCGUGGGACACAGCCGUGCACGACGCCUCCGAGGAGUACAAGCACCGCAUGCACAGUCUCUGCUGUGACAACUGCCACUCACAUGUGGCGUUGGCCUUGAACCUGAUGCGCUAUAACAACAGCACCAACUGGAACAUGGUGACACUCUGCUUCUUCUGCCUGCUGUACGGGAAGUACGUCAGCGUGGGGGCCUUCGUGAAGACCUGGCUGCCGUUCGUCCUCCUCCUGGGCAUCAUCCUAACUGUCAGCCUCGUCUUCAAUCUUCGGUGAUGGCUGCCGCCUGGCCCUGAGUCCACCAGGUUCCUGAGGAGGCAGUCGCCACCCCUUUUGGUUCCAGAUUUUUUCUUCUCACCCCAAAAGGCAGGGAUGGGUUUGCUUGUUUUGACCCAGUGGUCUGGGCCAGAUGGACUGAACAAUGGCUGAAGAUGAACAUGGGGCGGGGGAUGUUUGCUUGUUGUAUCUCACUGGUCACUGAGAAGCUCCCUGUCCCCUCCUUCCCAGACUUGUGACCCCCGCCCUUGAGGUACCCCCUUUGGUCACCUGUUGGAAAGGCCUUAGCUUGCCUCUGUAGAGCUACUCCUGCCACUGCCCAUUGGGCUCCCUCUGCCUCAGCCCAGUGCCCGGUGGGGAAGCACGUUUGGACCACCGGACAAGGCCACACAGGGGCCAGAGCUGGAUUUGGAGCGCAGCCGCCUGCCAGGGCUCUGGUCCCAGGGUGGGUGGAGUACACUGAGAAGUUUCCAUAAGCUAAGCUGCCCUGGGACCUUCACCACUAGUCUCUAGAAUGGUCUAAUAGGACUGGGUGGGCCCCCAGUCAGAUGUCUACCAGAAGCUGCACUAGGGGCAGUUCGUGCCCCAUCUCCUGGUGUCCUCCAGCCCCUGCAGACCCUGCUUCCUCUUCUCCCUGGGCUUCCCAGCACGUGAGUCCAUCUCCCCCUGCAGUUGGGGGUCGGGGCUCCCCCAGCCAGCCCAGGGAGAUGAGUGAUGCUGACAUGCCCUGAGUGACCCUCUGUAGACCAGAGCAAUGUAAACGGAGCUUGGCUUCAGCCCCAGGCAUGGGCCUUGCACAGGCGCACUGGUGAUGGCCCCAUGGGUCCGAGAUGCUGGGGGCCAGCCAUCAGGGCAGCCAGUGCCGUCAGGGAGCUGGAGGGGAGCUGUUUCCUCCCACCUGCCACAGUUCCCCUUAACUUCAAGUUGUGGGAAGGGCAUGUGUUGCCCCUCACCCCUGCUCCACGGAUUCCUUGCGCGGGGCUCUCUGGGCAGGGUAAUAAAGAGUUUGACUCCA